CUCAUCCCGUGGGUGGCCCUUGUUUUGCUGCCUCUAAAAUCUUCCAUUUCUCUUCGCUCUUUGCAUUCUCUUCUUCUCCAAUUACUCUCUUGGUUUUGUUAGCCACAUUGCUCUGAAAUCAACUUUCAUGGCGUCGAUCGUCGAAUCUGCUUGGCAGUAUCUUAUCACACCUUUCAACGAUUUUCAACUGGCGUGUCUAGGAAGUUUCUUUCUUCAUGAAAGUGUCUUUUUCUUAUCUGGACUUCCUUUUAUAUAUCUUGAGAGGGCAGGAUGGCUGAGCAAAUACAAACUGCAGACAAAAAACAACAGCCCUGCAGCUCAGGAGAAAUGUAUUACUCGACUACUGCUGUAUCACUUUGGUGUCAACUUACCUGUUAUGAUUUUGUCCUAUCCCGUCUUCAAAUUCAUGGGCAUGCGAAGUAGUCUUCUUUUGCCGUCCUGGAAAGUGGUUCUUUCACAGAUAAUAUUCUACUUUAUCCUGGAAGAUUUUGUAUUCUAUUGGGGGCAUCGCAUACUACAUACAAAAUGGUUGUACAAGCACGUACACAGUGUCCAUCAUGAAUAUGCAACACCAUUCGGACUGACAUCUGAAUAUGCUCACCCUGCUGAAAUAUUGUUUCUUGGCUUUGCUACCAUUAUUGGUCCUGCCAUCACUGGGCCCCAUUUGAUGACUCUCUGGUUGUGGAUGGUACUUAGAGUCCUGAAGACAGUUGAGGCACAUUGUGGUUACCAUUUUCCAUGGAGCCUCUCAAACUUUAUACCUUUGUAUGGAGGGUGAGUUUCAAUUUCAAAUUUGGUGGAACCGGCACUGGGCAAGUCCAGUUCCGGUUCCACCACUUUAGGAAUGGGUCUCGGAACCAAGGUCUGAGUACCUAGUGUCACGGACUAGGAGUUUCACACCCAAAAGGCUAACCUAUUAGGUGGAGGGACUCCCCCCAUUUAUAAGCCCAAGACCUCCCCAA